GGAGAUGGCUUUUUGAGUUGGACCAGUCGGAGUAUUAGGGUUUGAACGGGGACUCACUAGUCGUCGACUUUCCGAUCCUUUCUUCUCCCCGCCCAAAAUCCGUCGAAACUUCUCUUCUUUAGCAUUGAUUUACCUCGUCUCAGCUCUCAAUUCUCUCCCUUUUUCACGUUACUGCUUCGUUUAGGUGUUGCUUCGUUUCAGUACUCUGGUGGUGGGAGAGAUGAAUCACGGCCAACAAUCUGGCGAGGCAAAGCAUGAAGAUGAUGCUGCUCUUACAGAGUUCCUUGCUUCUCUGAUGGAUUAUACUCCUACUAUUCCUGAUGAUUUAGUGGAGCACUACUUGGCUAAGAGUGGAUUUCAGUGCCCCGACGUACGAUUGAUAAGGCUAGUUGCUGUGGCUACUCAAAAGUUUGUUGCAGAUGUUGCCAGUGACGCCCUUCAGCAUUGCAAGGCUAGACCAGCACCAGUUGUGAAAGACAAAAAACAGCAAAAGGAUAAGCGUUUGAUAUUGACUAUGGAAGAUCUUUCAAAAGCUUUGCGUGAGUAUGGUGUGAACGUGAAGCAUCCAGAAUAUUUUGCUGAUAGCCCUUCGACUGGAAUGGAUCCUGCGACAAGGGACGAAUAGAAACCAGGAAUUCUUCAUCAUCAUCUUUGCCUAGUAAGGACGGCCAUGUGUGUCAGAUCCCUGAUUCUCUGUUGUGUUUCAUUUAAAAACAAAACACACUUGUCUUGCUAGUCAUCAAUUACUACAUUACAUGUAUAUUCCUUUAUUGUUUGUUCUCGGGUGGUUCUACAUCACUUAUCCACCAUUCUUGCAAGUCUCCAAGUCGUGAUAAUAAGAUAAGUAUCCAGCC